AUGGGUCGAAAAAAAAUAGAGAUGAAAUUGUUGAAGAACAAAGAAGCUAGGAAUGUCACAUUUUCUAAAAGAAGGCAUGGUCUCUUUAAGAAAGCAAGUGAUUUAUCCAUUCUUUGUGGUGCUAGAGUAGGAUUGCUUGGAUUCAGUCCUGGUGGUAAUCCAUUUACUUUUGGUUCUCCAUCUUUUCAAGCUGUGAUUGAUGAGUAUCUUCAUGAAGGAGGCGGCGAGCCUCUUGAAAAUGGAGAGAUCGAUAACCUCAACCUGGAACUUAGAGGUUUGAAAAAAGAGAUUCAGGUGGAGGAAAAGAAGUUGGAAGAUAUUGAAAAAGAUAAAGUCCAUAUUGUCCCUACAAAUCUUAGUUUGAAGGAACUUCAAAAAGUGAAGACUUCAUUGAAGGAGCUCCAAGAUGAAAUUGAGGCAGCUUCAUCUUUGCUUCUUCUUGCAAAGAAACCCAUGUUCAUUGUUCAAAGUUAA